AUGGAAAAUAAAUUUUCGAAACUUAAAACGUUUAAACCAAUCAGAUUCUUCUUAAAACAUUCUUUCCUGGAGCAAGCGUUCGAUAUGCUUAUUGAACAAGGAUUUAAGCUGUCAGGAAGUUGUGGCUCUGGUACCGCUGGAGGUGCUUCCGACCUCAAGCCAGGAGUCGACGCAGAAGAAAAUCGCUGGAACCACUACAAUGAAUUCGUUUUCGUUCGAGAUUAG